CAUUGAGAGCAGAAAGAGCCAGCCAAGAAAAUAUCAACCGAAUACAAGAUAACGUAUUAUUUCAACACUAAUGAGCUAGUAGUCAUUAGUGAUUUUUUUUAGUUUGCGACCUAGGAAAUGUUAUAUAUGUCCGGGGUUGAUGUUACGAUCGCUGCGUUUACAUGUGACACACAAAAUUCAGCAUUUUCAUAAUACGGAUUCAUAGUUUUUGGAAAUUAAUUUAAAAAGAUAUCCAUGGGCUGGGAGUCUUCAUUUAAUUGGCUCAUGCUGUCCUUCUGAAAUCGUAUGUUAGCCAAGUCGCCUACUGUUUCCUCAUAUGACAGUAUUAUAUGAACUAGGAUAGGCCAAAUAGCAGUUUUCCAACCUAACACUGUACUGGUGGUUCCAUUAUUGUGACACUGCCCCGCCUCUGGUUUCAAUCACAGUAACUGUCAUGGAGUGGAAUGUUGUCAGUUGUUUUGUUCAGGGGGAUGUUCAAAAAACAAAACACGCAUUCACUUUUAGAUGUACAAUAACAAGACUAUUUAUUGAAAAACUGCAAUGAUCCUACAGUACACAUUUAAAUGUGUAGGUCUUUGUAGUUUCAAAGACUGCCUGUAGAGGAGAGGGAAAGGGGUUUAGAUGCAGGCCUAUAAACCAAUGGACAUAUCACAAACACCAGACAUCAAUAAAACAUUUGUAUUCUUUGAAAACAUUUAAUGAUUUUGUUUUUUCUUUGGAGAUGACUAGUAAAUGAAUGUGAAAGAUAUUCUAAAAUUACCCUAGACUACUAAUUGUUAUGUAGCAAACCCUGCUGUCAAAGUGUGAAAUAUGUUUUGGCUUUUGCUUUUCCGCCCAGCACAUUCCUUGUGGAGCCUUAUGGUUCAGGCUGUAUAAAGGCACUAACGAACAUUCAAACUGAACAACUUGUUGAAGACGGUACACCAUUAAGAAGGAAUCAUACAUAUUGUUUGCAAAAUCCAAUAUUAUUGGUUUAAUUGGGCCACAUAAUUACCUUUCUUAAGACGUAUAUAAUGUCAGAUCCUGGAAUGGAAUAUAUGUUACUUAUUGUCUUACUGACAACAACAUCGUCCAUUGCCGUCACCAGAGAUGAAUUUGUGAAAGCACUGGAUUAUUUAGGGCACUACGGGUAUUUACACAUUCCACUGCAUAAUGGGGAUCAGCAAUAUGCUCCUGAGGAGGUAGAAGAAGCCCUCAGAAUCUUUCAAAGGGUAAAUGGCCUGAGCUCAUCUGGAGAACUAAACGCUGCAACGCUGGCAGUGAUGGGCAAACCUCGCUGUGGUCAAGCAGACCCUUUCACCAACAACUCCCUGGCAUAUCGAGUGAUAGGUAAAUGGCGCAAAUCGUCGCUGACCUACCGUAUCAAUAACUACACACCUGACCUGGGAUCAGCAAAGACCCGGCUGGCCAUCCAACAUGCAUUCAGGUAUUGGAGUGACGUGUCACCCCUAACGUUCAGGGAGGUCCGGCAAGGGAGGGCCGACAUCAACCUCUCGUUUCACCGCAAAGACAAAACAUGCCCAGUGCCAUUUGACGGCAGAGGGCAUGUGCUGGCCCAUGCAGACACCCCACAGUCGGGCAUCGUGCACUUUGAUGGGGAUGAGCUUUGGACCGAGGGGAAGCGCUAUGGCUCCAACCUGAGGAUCAUCGCGGCCCACGAGAUCGGCCACGCUCUGGGCCUGGGCCACUCUCAACUCCCCCACGCGCUGAUGGGGCCUGUGUACAGCGGCUACCAGUCCCACUUCAAGCUGCAUGCAGACGACAUACAGGGCAUCCAGGUGUUGUAUGGGAAGCCAGGGAAACGUGUGCCAUCGAGGAGUCCAGGCCUGUCGGUGCCAGCUGGAAAGGCCCCACAUCCUUGCAAAGCGACAAUAGACGCAAUCAUGUUGGGUCCGCAACAUAAGACAUAUGCCUUCAGUGGUCAGUAUGUGUGGACAAUGUCGGGAUCUACAUACAGCACGCCUACCCUGAUCUCUGCCCUUUGGAAAGAACUUCCGGGAUCCUUGAACGCCGCAGUCCACUCCCAGAGGACCGGAAAAUCCUACUUUGUGAAAGGGAAACAAUUGUGGAGAUAUACAACAUUUAAACUUGACCGUGGCUUUCCCAAAAAUAUGGCACAAAUUCCAGCUGACAUUGAUUCCGCCUUUUAUCAAAGAAACCCGAAAAGAAUUAUAUUCAUCAAAGGCUCACAGUAUUGGCAGUGGGAUGAAAUUGGAGUUACAGACUUCAAGUCGUAUCCAAAAGCUAUCCAAAAGCUUUACCGAGGGUUUCCUAGCAAUCCAAGUGCUGUAUCUACGGGGACUAACGGACACAUUUAUGUGUUCAAGGGAACCCAGUAUUGGCGUGUUAACAAACAAACAGUGGAGAAGGGCUACCCGCUGAACACAGCAGCAAAAUGGAUGCACUGUGGUGACUGAACCGCUAGAGGGCAACAAUGAUUCAAAGAUACUUAAUGCACCUUGUUUACAGAAGAGGAUUUUGUUUUGUUUAUUGUCAAGACUGACUGUCAAGUCUGAAUAUACAAGACAUACAUAAAACACUCAGGGGAAUUCAAAUCAUUUUCUUAUUAUUAUUAUUAUUAUAAUAAAGAGCAAUGGUUUCAAAGUGUUAUAUGCUGUCUCUUAAACAAAAUGUCCAAGCGAUUUCCAAUUUACAUUAAAGGCACCCAGACUGAUUGACCAACAUAAAACAGGACUAGCUAUUGGAUGUAAUCAUUGUAGCACAUUCACAAAACAAUUAUUUAAUUAUCUCAAAGGAUAAGUGCUGAGUAGGAAACUGUAUGUAACUU